UGAUCCUAAUGAUAUUGUUCUGUAGAACUAAAGCUAUUUGAACCUAUAUUCAUGUGAAGACUUCAUGUGAAUUUAAAACAAUAUCUUGGCAAUAUAACAAUCUUUAUUUUUGCCUACAUUUUAAUAAACAGAACAUUUUUGUGAUAUAAAUAAUAAAAAAAUAACGAUGGCUAAAGUUCUUGUUGGAGUCAAAAGGGUCGUAGACUACAAUGUACCUAUAAUGGUGAAAUCUGACAAAACAGGAGUCAUGACAGAUGGUGUAGCUCACUCCAUGAACCCGUUCGAUGAGAUAGCUGUUGAAGAAGCAGUUCGUAUGAAAGAAAAGAAAGUGAUUUCAGAAAUUCUUGUGGUUUCGUGUGGACCUCCAAGAGCUGAGGAAGAAAUAAGAACUGCUUUGGCCAUGGGAGCAGACUGGGGAAUUCACGUUCAAGUUCCAGAGAAAGAUUAUGAAAGUCUACAACCAAUCCAUGUCUCUAAGAUACUUGCCAAGCUAGCGAAAGAAAACAAUGUUGACAUGAUAAUUCUAGGAAAGCAGGCCAUUGAUGAUGACUGUAACCAGACAGCACAGAUGACGGCAGGCUACUUGGACUGGCCACAGGGAACAUUUGCUUCCAAGGUUGAAAAGACUGAUGGAGAGGUGACGGUCUUACGAGAGAUAGACGGAGGCUUGGAAAACAUUAAACUAAAAAUUCCUGCAGUUAUAAGUGCAGAUUUACGACUUAACGAGCCUCGUUAUUGUACUUUGCCAAAAAUAAUGAAAGCUAAAAAGAAGUUGGUCAAGAAAGUGCCGAUAGCAGAGCUGGAUGUGGACUUGACUCCUCGGAUGGAGGUUCUCAGAGUGGAUGAGCCUCCGGUGCGCCAGUGUGGUCCAAUACUGCCUGAUGUCGACACAUUGAUAGCCAGACUAAGGGAGGCCAAGUUGUUGUGAUUGUAGACAUUUCAACAAAGCCAAUCAAGUCUUCUUUUUGUUUCAAUAAGCUAUUCACACUACUACUACUAUAAAUUCAAACACUAGAUAAAAGGGGUUAACAAUUCUUUUAGAAACUGUUGAGUACCUGAAGUAACAAAAGUAUUCACGGCACCUCUUACAUACAUAGCUAGGGUUUUUGUUUAACUAUUAGUAACCAUUUCCCAGAAUAUAAAACCCCUCAAUUUGCAAAAUGUGUUUUUUUUUACACGGGGUGUACACAGCAGAUGUUAAAUAAAUGUUUCAAAUAUGACUUAAAGUUUGUCUUUAAACUCUCUUAAAAUGUUUGGAUUCCUGAUUUAGUAACUGUCAUGAAGGCAUUCCAAUUUCCUAUCCAAAUAUAAGUGUGGAAAUUAGUUACUUACUUGCAAAUUUUGUUCUUAUAAGGAAAGUAGCAUUAUUAACUCAGAACGAUGACAAUGAAUUUUAAUAGUUUUAUGUCUUACACACGUAGUUUAAGUCUGUAGAUGAGUUACUUUAGUAAAUUAAACUUUACAUGAGUGUUGGACAAAAGACUUAUUACAAUUAUUGUACAAAUUGAUGUAAAAUACAGUUUUUAAUAAAUA